AGACUAUAUCAGGCAUUUUAUCAGCACCAAAAACAACCAUGAAUCCAAAAUAUCAAUCUUAAGUUUCAUCUUCAGUGCUUCAGAGCAAGAAGCCAUACAUCACUCUAUCCAAUUCAAUUUCUAUUUUCUUUUUGCAAAUUGAAAUCCCAAAAUUGCCCACUCAAACUCUACUAUGAUUCUUCAUCUUCUCUAUGGAUCGAUGCAACUUCGUGAUUCCCCAAAAAAGGUUUGGCACCAGCAAUAAAUCUAACCGCAUUUAUUAAUAGCUACUUAGAUUUCUGCUUGAUCUCUAUCUGCAAUAAUCUUCUGUCAGCAUAUUUCUAGGGUUAGGGUUUGCAGAUCGGUAGGUUUCUUGCUUUGGUAAGAUCCCUUUGGCAGUUAUCUAAUUCGACCAAAAGGGUGUUUAGAGGUUGCCUUUGUUUAUUCAAUUAAUCAUGCAAUAUAAUAGACGGCGCCAGGAAGAGCACGGCGCACCGGACCGUUUUGAAUCGGGACCCGACCCGUUUCGGAGAAAUCGGAGAGACGGGCUGGAUCCAGUUCAGCAGAGGAACAUGAGCCCUGUCAAGGUUGACGAGGUAAGAAGGGGUGGUGGUGGGAACAAAGGGGGUUCUGAUGGGUUUGAAGAUAGGGAUUAUGAUUGGCAGCAUGGGGGUGGUGGUAGAAGGAGCGGUAGGGUUCGGUCAAGGUCACCUCCUGCUGAACCAGUGAGGAAAAAAUCACACUUUGAUGAUGGGAUUGGCCGUAGAAGUUGUUCACCACCACCACCAGGCUUAAGAGCAAGAUACGAUUUGUCAAAAAGCAUAGAUGGAAACUUGGAUGCAAAGCGAGUUUACCUUGAUAGAGAGAAGGACUUGAUUGAGGACAGGUUGGGUGGUCGGCAGGAUAUUAUGGAUCAGAAGUUUGUAAUACGCGUUGAAAACGAAGUAGGAGGUUACUAUAGAUAUAGGUCUAUUCCAGAUAUGGGUGUCACAAUGCGAAACCAAGAAGUUGGUGGGCAUGGGCACUUGCCUCCCCCAAGGGGUAUCCCGGUGGGGAGGUUUGAGCAUGAGAGACUACAGCAUAGAGACCCUCCACCACCUAUGGAUAAGAUGCCCGCCACAGAAUCUCAUGGUGGGGUGGAAAAAAAUAUUCUUCAUGCUAGGGAUGUUUCUUAUUCGAGUGUAUCUCCCUCUUAUGCAAAGGAUUUUGCGGGCACUUCUCACAUGAGGGAUUAUGGAGGCGGCUCCUCUAUAGAAAUGUCAAGGGGCAAUUUUCUAUGCUCACAUGGUGACGACAUCUAUUUACCUGCAUCUUAUGAUUUAUCACGGAAUAGUGGAAAACUUGCGGAACCUGUAGGGUUUAGUGGACAUGGGCAAAGGACAGUUAUAGACACCGCUAGAGGUUCUGAAAUUGGGCCAAGGAAUAUGACAUGUCACCAACAACGUGAGUUUAGUCCUACCAGAGCUGAUCAUUUGGACUAUCUUAAUUACAAAUUACAGGUAAGAGCAGCACAUGAUGAGCAUUUAUAUUAUGAUGAUUUACCUAGAAGGAUAGCUCCUCAUGGUCGAUUGAACUAUGAGCGAGCUGUAAAUGACUAUGAUAAUAGGGAGUUUUCCAAACCUUAUAUUUCACAUCCAGAUUUAGAUAGAACUGGUAAGACGGAAGAUUCUUAUGGUAGUCAAAGAAGGGCUAUUGUACAUGACCACCCUACAUUACAGAGAUCAAAGUAUCUUGAUUAUCAUGAUGUAAGAAGAACAUCAAUUGCAUCGAUGCAAGAUGAAGCUUAUUUGCAAUCUGGAUAUAAUCAUCUUGAAAAUGGGAAAAGAAUGCCACAAGUUUCACAUAUGGGUGUAUCUGAGGCCAAUCGAUUACCAGUUUUAAGAACAGAAUAUGAAUCUGGAAGAGAUGGUGGUCCGGUGCUUCAGCAAGAAAGGUUUCAAACUUCACCUUUGUCUAAACAUAAUUCAGAAACCUAUAGGGGGAAAGAAACUAGACAGAAUGUUGGCAUUCACGACCAUUCUGACAGACUUCUGAAAAGAAAAUACAAUGUCAAUGAUGAAAUAGAUGUGCAUGAUUUGAGAGCAAUAAAACCAAGCAAAUGGGGUGCAAAUGAAGAAUUUCAAGGUGUAUAUGAAAGUGAAGACUGGAUAGAUGAAGAAGAUAUGUAUUCAUCUGGUAAUGUUGAAUUUAACCCUAAGAUAUAUAGGAAGUAUAAGAAAGAAUAUGAGUUGGAGAAUGAAGAUGAUUUUCCGUGUGAUGAAUGGAUUUUACCUCAAAAUUCUAUGGGACAUGUACAAAGGCAUUCAUUUCAAUCUCAGAAGUAUUCGAAUCAGAAUAUAAAGCAUCAUUCAAAGUCCAGUUCUUCAAACUGGUUUAAGUCCCAGCAUUUUUCUAAGAGAAAUGCAAUUCAAAAGCAACCUAAAGUUUGGAAAAAAUAUCAUGAAUAUGAUGAGAAUAAACAUGCAACUAAUGAUGAAUCAUCUGAAGAUUGGAUAAAUGCUGCAGAAUCUGAGCCAACUGAGGGCUCUGAAGAGUUUAAUCAAAUGGUACAUGAAAAUUUCUUAAUGUACUCCAAGAAGUUGAAUCUGAACUUAUAUGUGCAAAAAAGGUACCAGGACCACGGAAAAAAUGGUAGUUUGUACUGCAUCGUAUGUGGCAGAAGUUCCUCAAAAGAAUUCAUGGACACUCAACGCCUGGUAACUCAUGCUUUUAUGUCCCAUAAGGCUGGGUUGAGAGCAAAGCACUUGGGUCUUCACAAAGCAAUUUGUGUUCUUAUGGGAUGGGAUACUAUUGUUCCUCAAGACACAGUAACUUGGGUUCCCCAGGUCUUGCCUCAUGCUGAAGCUUUGGCUCAAAAAGAGGAUUUGAUUCUUUGGCCUCCUAUUAUUAUCAUCCAUAACAUAUCCAUGUCUGAUGACAAUCCGCAAAACUGGAAGGUUGUAAGCAUGGAAACAAUUGAGGCAUUUUUAAGAGGCGAAGGUUUUGUGAGAGGAAGAAUCAAGUUAUGCCUAGGGAAGCCUGCAGACCAAAGUAUUGUAUUGGUGAAAUUUCUGGGCACGUUUGGUGGGCUGAGAGAUGCAGAGAGGCUUCAUAAAUAUCUUUCUGACAAAAAUCGCGGUAGGGCUGAAUACGAGAGACUAAAAUCUGAAAGUAUUAAGAGCUGUAACAUAGGAAAGACAGAUGAGGGAAACAAAGUGGAGAAUAUUCUUUAUGGUUACAUGGGAAUUGCAGAUGACUUUGACAAACUAGAUUUCAAUAGUAAGAAAUGGAGCAUGGUAAAGAGUAGAAAGGAGAUUGAUGACCUGGAUAAAGCUCCUGUUAAAACUCAUGAGAAGCUGUAGUUACGUUGUGAUUUGAUACAUGGUCAUGAUGCUUAGAAUUGGUUGUUCUAAAUCUAAUUGCUUAAUCUGUUUUUUCUUUCGUCGCUUCUAUUAGUAGUAGUUUAUGUCGUGUAUAUAGUUCAGGAACUGGAAUUUCAUUUAAGUACUCUAUCAGUUUCUGAAUUUGACUUAUGCAGAAGUGAGCUUUUGUAAUGACAUUUUAGCCUUUUGUUUAUUGUUCAUUAAAGCUGUCAAUUUUUUUUUUAUGAAUAAAUUUUACCUAGUUUAUUA